CUCUCAGCCUUUCCCAGGUUGUCUGCGGGAUUGGGAGCCUUGAAGGCGGGCACACACAGAGCAGUGCGGCCCAGGCUGCCGUAGCGAGCACGGACCAGCCUCGGAAACCUCCCGGAGCUUCACUUGGCUCGUUGUCGUUGGGAGUCAGCUCGCACUAAAAGAAGCUAAAGAAAACACCAUGGAUGAUGGCAAGCCUGUGUGGGCGCCUCACCCGACUGACGGCUUCCAGCUCGGCACCAUUGUGGACAUCGGCGCCGGCAGCCUCACCAUCGAGGCUCUCAAACAAAAGGGCAAGACCUUUUUGGCUGCCAUCAGUCAAGUCUUUCCUGCUGAGGAUGACGUCAACAAGCAUGUGGAGGACAAUUGUUCGCUCAUGUACCUCAACGAAGCCACACUGCUCAACAAUGUGCGCGUCAGAUACAGCAAGGACAAAAUCUAUACUUUUGUGGCCAACAUCCUGAUCGCCGUCAACCCAUACUAUGACAUUCCAAAGCUUUACUCGCCAGAGACCAUCAAGCAGUAUCGAGGGAGGUCACUGGGCACACUCCCGCCGCACGUAUACGCCAUUGCUGAUAAGGCCUACAGGGACAUGAAAGUUCUGAAGAUGAGCCAAUCCAUCAUUGUCUCAGGGGAGUCUGGCGCCGGGAAGACUGAAAACACUAAGUUUGUCCUCAGGUACCUGACAUCGUCUUAUGGAACGGGCCAGGACAUCGACGAGAGGAUAGUGGAGGCCAAUCCCUUGUUGGAGGCCUUUGGGAACGCUAAAACUGUGCGCAACAACAACAGCAGCCGCUUCGGAAAAUUUGUGGAAAUCCACUUUAAUGAAAAAAACUCCGUGGUGGGCGGCUUCGUGUCACACUACCUGCUGGAGAAGUCGCGCAUCUGUGUGCAAAGCUCAGAGGAGAGAAACUAUCACAUCUUCUACAGACUGUGUGCAGGAGCUUCUGAGGACAUCCGACAAAAGUUUUACUUGAGCUCGCCAGACACGUUCAGGUACCUGAACCGAGGAUGCACUCGCUUCUUUGCCUCCAAAGACACGGACAAGAAUAUCCUGCAGAACCGCAAAAGUCCAGAGCAUGUCAAGUCGGGCCCGCUAAAGGACCCGCUGCUGGACGAUCAUGGCGACUUCCACCGCAUGGUCGUGGCCAUGAAGAAAAUCGGUCUGGACGACACGGAAAAGUUGGACCUAUUCCGUGUGGUGGCGGGCGUGCUGCAUCUGGGAAACAUCGACUUUGAGGAGGCCGGAAGCACCUCAGGUGGCUGCGCCAUCAAAAAGCAAUCCAGCCAAACAUUAGACCGCUGUGCCGAGCUGCUGGGGCUGGAAGACGACGACCUGAGAGUCAGCCUGACCACCAGGGUGAUGCUGACCACAGCAGGGGGCGCCAAAGGAACUGUCAUCAAGGUUCCUCUGAAAGUGGAGCAGGCCAACAAUGCUCGUGACGCUCUGGCGAAGGCUGUGUACAGCCGCCUCUUUGACCAUGUGGUCACCAGAGUCAACCAGUGCUUCCCGUUUGACUCGUCUGCCAACUUUAUUGGAGUCUUGGACAUUGCCGGUUUUGAGUACUUUGAACACAACAGCUUUGAACAGUUCUGCAUCAAUUACUGCAACGAGAAGCUGCAGCAGUUCUUCAACGAGCGCAUCCUCAAAGAGGAACAAGACUUGUACCAGAAGGAGGGCCUGGGAGUCAAUGAGGUCCACUAUGUGGACAACCAGGACUGCAUAGACCUGGUGGAGGCCAAGGUGUUGGGCAUUCUGGACAUCCUAGAUGAGGAAAACCGCCUCCCUCAGCCCAGUGACCAGCACUUCACAGACACGGUCCACACUAAACAUAAGAACCACUUUCGUCUGACUGUACCCAGGAAGUCCAAGCUGGCUGUCCACAGAAAUGUGAGGGAUGAUGAAGGUUUCAUCAUCAGACACUUUGCAGGAGCCGUGUGUUACGAAACGACAAAGUUUGUGGAGAAAAACAAUGACGCACUGCACAUGUCUCUGGAGUGUCUGGUCAGCGAGUCCAAGGACUGCUUCAUCCGCCAGCUCUUUGACAACGCCAACAACGUGAAAGAUCCCAAACAAAGGGCGGGAAAACUUGGCUUCAUCAGUGUUGGCAACAAGUUCAAGACUCAGCUCAACAUCCUGCUGGACAAACUUUGCAGUACGGGUUCCAGUUUCAUUCGCUGCAUCAAACCCAACUCAAAGAUGAUUAGUCAGCACUUUGAAGGAGCUCACAUCCUCUCACAGCUGCAGUGCUCAGGUAUGGUGUCCGUACUGGACCUCAUGCAGGGCGGCUUCCCAUCCAGGGCUCCCUUCCAUGAACUCUACAACAUGUACAAGAACUACAUGCCCCCCAAACUCACCCGUCUUGACCCACGCCUCUUCUGCAAAGCGUUGUUCAAAGCUCUGGGACUCGAUGAGAAUGACUACAAGUUUGGACUGACUCGAGUCUUCUUCCGACCUGGCAAGUUUGCGGAGUUCGACCAGAUCAUGAAAUCUGACCCAGAUCACCUGGCAGAACUCAUAAAGCGCGUCAACACCUGGCUCAUCCACAGCCGCUGGAAGAAGGUCCAAUGGUGUGCGCUGUCAGUCAUCAAACUGAAGAACAAGAUCUUGUACAGGACCAAGGCUUGCAUCAGCAUGCAAAAGACGGUGCGCAUGUGGCUCUGCAAGAACAAGCACAAACCUCGAAUUGACGGCCUGGUGAAAGUGCGCCACCUGAAGGACAAGAUGGAGCGUUUCAACGAGGUGGUGGCAGGUUUGAAAGAGGGCAAAGAGGAGAUGAGCAAGCAGAUUAACCAGCUAGAUGCCGCUAUUGAUGCCCUUGUGCACAAAAUCAAGAGCACCAUCAUGACCCGCCUGGACAUUGAUCACGACUAUCAGGCGCUUGUGACGCGCUCAGAGCAGCUGCUGACAUCCAUGCAAAACAAGAAGAAGGAGGAGGAGGAGCGUGAGCGUCUUCGGCGCCUCCAGGAUGAGAUGGAGAGGGAGAAGAAGAAGAGGGAGGAGGAAGAGCAGCACCGCAGGGAAGAGGAGGAGGAGAGACGUCUCAAAGCUGAGAUGGAGAUGAAGAGGAAACAGGAAGAAGAACAACGGAAGAUAAGGGAGGAGGAAGAGAAGAAGCUACAGAUGGAAAUGGAGCUGCAGCUGGAGGCGGAACGUGAAGAGGAGCUGUCCCGCCAGGUGGUUCUGGAACAGGAGAGGCGGGACCGUGAGCUGGCGCUGAGGAUUGCCAAAAGUGAGGCAGAGCUUAUCCCAGACGAGGCGCAGAAUGACUUAGCCUAUCGCAGUAACGGAUCCUCGGUUCCGUCGUCUCCAGAACGAGCAGCCGGCGCCGGAAAUCCAACAGUGAAGAGUUUGAGCAUGGAGGAGAUGGUCCAGGAAAUGACGGCGAUGCUGGCGAGAGGUUCUCAAGUGCAAGCGUCCAAAGCGGCAGCUGGCACCAAAAAGUACGAGCUAAGCAAGUGGAAGUACGCCGAGCUCAGGGACGCCAUUAACACUUCCUGUGACAUUGAGCUGCUGGCUUCGUGCAGGGAGGAGUUCCACCGCCGUUUGAAGGUCUACCACGCCUGGAAGUCCAAGAACAAGAAAAGGAACACUGCCGACGCCGACCAGAGGGCACCAAAAUCUAUUACAGACUAUGGUCGUGCUGCCCCUGUGAGAACCGCACCCCAGCAGAAUUCAGCCCCCCCAAUCCCAGCCCGCCAGUAUGAGGUGGCUAUGAAUCGGCAGCAGCGUUUCUUCCGCAUUCCGUUCAUUCGCCCAGGUGACCAGUACAAAGAUCCCCAGGGCAAGAAGAAGGGAUGGUGGUACGCCCAUUUUGACGGGCCCUGGAUCGCCCGGCAGAUGGAGCUGCAUCCCGACAAGCUUCCCAUUCUGCUAGUGGCAGGAAAAGACGACAUGGAGAUGUGCGAGCUGAGCCUGGACGAGACGGGUCUAUCCCGGAAGAGGGGGGCCGAGAUCCUGCCCCGCCAGUUUGAGGAGAUCUGGGAACGCUGCGGCGGGAUCCAGUACCUGCGCAGCGCCAUUGAGAGCCGGCAGGCGCGGCCCACUUAUGCCACAGCCAUGUUGCAGAACAUGUUAAAGUGAGGCCCCACCCUCUGCCUCUAGCCAAGGGACCGGCUAACGAGCUAACAAGCUAACGCAGGGAAUGUUUUCUUUCCCUUUCUUGUCCUUCUUCUUUCUUGUGGGCUUCUGCUUCCUGGGAGAGGCGGAGCCAGGCAGGCAUCCGCCUCAUGUGGAGAAAUAAGAUGAUGACAAGGCCUUAAGUCGACAUGGACAUUACGUUAACGAGCAUUCCUAAUUUUAUUUGUAAUUCCAAGCUGCUAAUGAUUCCUGUUUUGGUUGAUCAAUAUUCAAUAAUGAUCAAUAACUUCAUGUUUUCAUUAAUGAUAAAUCAAUUUUUUUCAUUAAUGAUCAAUGACUUAAUGUUUUCUUUAAUGAUCAACAAGUUUGUGAUGUAAGUUUCUCAGAAGUGCAAUGUUGAAAUUAAUUAACACAACAAAAAAACAGCCAAAAUAAUGCUAACGUUAGCAUGUUGAUGCUAUGGAACUAGCUGUAUGAGCAAGCAGUUGGCUACACUACCAAGCAGCACCCUGCAAGCUUUAUGGUGCAGAAUGAUCUUUUUCAACAGGGAAAAAUUAAUCACGCAUGUUCACAUAAUUAGUUUUGAUAUGUGUGCCGAGUGAGAGUAGGUCAGGUGACCUGGUGAGCCAUCUUUGAACUGGAAGCACACUGGAUCUUUUUUCUACAGCGUGACUACACCAGUUUGUUUGUAAAGAAACUUUCCACUUGGGUGGCUUAGCAGUAAGCGUCACAGGGGAUGUGUUUCUUGUCGCGGCUAAUGCAUGGGGACGUCAUCUUUAUGAGACGCUUUGCAGUUGACCUCACUGUCCUCGGUUUGCAUCACGUUUCAGUCUGAUAGCCAACGUCAAUUGAAAACAUAGAUGCUGUGUGACAGGAACGCCGCCAUGCUUCACUUCCACGCAUCUGAUGUCCUUGCUCCUUUCUCGUAAAUAAACACACUGGUGUGUCACCUGGACUUGUGUCCCUGAA